UAAAGGCAAGGAUCCAAAACUAUAAACAAAGAAGUGUUCAAAGUUUCUUCUGGCUAGACUAUUAGCUAGAUGAUUGCUAUAUAUAUCUCUUCUGGACUCGUGAUGAAAAUCAUUAGUGAUAAGCCUUCUUUGCAAUAAUGGCAGGCCUCACCAAGACAUACUUUCAGCUCUUUUCCUUUCUCAUUGUUUUCUUAAUUGUGCCUACAAGACUUGUCAUGGCGUUGCCACCGGCUGUCAAAGCAGCUUAUUGGCCUUCAUGGACGACAACUUUCCCGCCUUCGGCCAUAGAUACGUCCUUGUUUACUCAUAUUUACUAUGCUUUUCUCAUGCCAAGCAACGUCACCUAUACAUUCGAAAUCCCAAGUUCAACAGCUCAUCUGCUGUCAAAUUUUACUACCACCCUCCAUCACAAAAAGCCGCUGGUUAAAACCCUUUUCUCUAUUGGUGGCGGAGGUGCUGAUCCUCUUGUCUUCUCUCGCAUGGCUUCAGAGGCAAAGACACGUAAAGCUUUUAUAAAUUCAGCCAUAGAGGUGGCACGAAAGUUUGGUUUUGACGGGAUGGACCUCGACUGGGAGUUCCCUAAAAACCCAAAGGAUAUGCAAGACUUGGGCAUUUUGUUUACGGAAUGGCGGCAAGCAAUCAACUAUGAAGCUAAGGCCAGCCACCGAGCUCCUCUGCUUCUCACGGCGGCGGUGUACUUCUCCGUUGACUUUUUCUUGGAUGAAGUCUACCGAAAAUACCCAGUGAGCUCUAUGAAUCAAAAUCUGGAUUGGGUUAGUGCAAUGUGUUUCGAUUAUCAUGGAGGAUGGGACACUUCAAAGACAGGCGCUCAUGCCGUGCUUUAUGACCCAAACAGUAAUGUGAGUACAAGUUAUGGGCUUAGGUCAUGGAUCAAAGCUGGGGUGCCUAGGAGCAAGUUGGUUAUGGGCCUGCCCCUUUAUGGUAGGACUUGGCAGCUUAAGGACCCAAAUUCACAUGGGAUUGGAUCGGCCGCAGUUGCAGUCGGUCCAGGAGACAAUGGGGUGUUGACGUUUGUCCAGGUGGAGAAGUUCAACAAGAAGAAUGAUGCCAAGGUAGUACAUGACAUGGAAACCGUAUCCACAUAUUCUUACGUUGGGUCAACCUGGAUUGGGUAUGAUGAUGCUUUAUCAACAACGUUGAAGAUUGGGUUCGCUCAGGCCCUUGGAAUUCGUGGCUAUUUCUUCUGGGCUCUUAGCUUCGACAACGAGUGGAAAAUCUCUAGACAAGCUUCAAGAGCGUGGGUUCUUGGUGAAUGAAAACUGAAGCUCCUUUGGUCUGUAUACUGUAUUUGCCUAGUAGUAGUACCAGGAAAAGAGAUACAUAAAUGCCAGUUGAACAUUGAUUUGAGUUAUGCUGAUACAAUGGAAGAAUCUUCGUUUAUCCUUUUAUGCCUUUAUCCAGUAAAUCAUGAUAAAAACAACGUUUAAUUGAUCAGUCGGAG